AUGCAGCGCUUCAGGGAAGGCAUCCACAUACGGACCAUGAAGGCCAAGAGGAAAGUGGAGGAGAUCUCCAAGGAAGAUGUGCAGGCCUUCCUGAAGAAGAACGCCUUUGUGCUCUUUACAGUCGGGGCAGUUGUUCUAGGUAUUGUCCUGGGAUUUGCGCUGCGCCCCUAUAAGAUGUCCUACCGAGAGGUGAAGUACUUCUCUUUCCCCGGAGAGCUGUUAAUGAGAAUGCUUCAGAUGCUUGUUCUGCCCUUACUGGUUUCCAGUCUCAUCACAGGAAUGGCUGCUUUGGACAGCAAGGCCUCAGGAAAGAUGGGCAUGAGAGCGGUGAUUUACUACAUGACCACCACCCUUAUUGCAGUCUUCAUUGGUAUCAUAAUUGUCCUCAUCAUCCACCCAGGAAAAGGAUCUAAGGAUGAGUUUGGAAAGCAGCAGAAGAUAGAGCAAGUCAGCCCUGCUGAUGCCUUCUUGGAUCUGAUCAGAAAUAUGUUUCCACCAAACCUGGUCCAAGCAUGUACACAGCAGUUCAAAACCAAAUACGGAACGCGAGCAGUCCGUGUGACGGUGACAGUGAAUGACACCAUCUUCAACUCAACCAAUGCCACCCAGGAGAUCAUGGAGAUCACCCGGGAGGAGGUGAUCCCUGUGCCAGGUCAGGUGAACGGGGUCAACGCCCUAGGGCUGGUGGUCUUCUCCAUGUGCUUUGGCCUCAUAAUUGGCAACAUGAAGGAGCAGGGCCAGCUCCUCAGGGAUUUCUUCGACAGCCUCAACGAGGCUAUCAUGUGUCUGGUUGCAAUCAUCAUGUGGUAUGCUCCAUUUGGUAUCCUGUUCCUUAUUGCUGGGAAGAUUGUGGAGAUGGAUGAUCUCACACAAAUGGGUGGCCAGCUUGGCAUGUACACCAUCACAGUUAUCAUUGGCUUGUUGAUCCAUGCUGUUAUUAUUCUCCCUACUCUUUACUUUGUCAUCACACGACAGAACCCCUUCCUCUUCAUUGCUGGGCUUCUUCAAGCUCUGGUUACUGCCCUUGGGACUUCUUCCAGCUCAGCUACCCUGCCUGUCACAUUUAAAUGCCUGGAGGAGAACAACAGAAUCGAUAAGCGAGUUACCCGUUUUGUUCUGCCGGUGGGUGCGACAAUCAACAUGGAUGGAACAGCACUGUAUGAAGCACUAGCAGCCAUUUUCAUUGCCCAGGUGAACAAUAUGGAGAUGAACUUUGGUCAGAUCAUCACAAUAAGUAUUACAGCAACUGCAGCCAGCAUCGGAGCUGCAGGGAUCCCUCAAGCAGGCUUGGUCACCAUGGUGAUUGUCCUGACCUCUGUUGGACUUCCGACCGAUGACAUCACUCUCAUCAUUGCAGUCGAUUGGUUCCUCGAUCGUCUGCGCACCACAACCAAUGUUCUGGGCGAUUCGAUCGGAGCCGGCAUCGUGGAGUUCCUAUCUCGACACGAGCUACGCAGCAAAGAUGUGGAGAUGGGAAACUCUGUGCUGGAGGAGAAAGAGAGGAAGAAGCCCUACAAGCUCAUUUCCCAAGAUAGUGAUUUUGAAAAUGACAAACGCCUGCACAGUGAAUCCAACAUGUAG